AUGCAUUCCACGGAUUCGACGAGCUCUGAAGUACCGAAAUCUGACAGUGGGCUGACGUCCUCUCAUAAACGCUCCAGUUCCUAUAACCGCGGCGUCUCCUUUGACACGUUUGACAAUCGCGAUGCGACCGAUUUCUCCUUGACGCUGAACUACAAGCAUAAAGAUUACCACAGCACGCGCAGGAGCCGAACCUUCCUGUGCGGCACCGAUCAGAACGAUUACUCCGACUUUGCCUUGGAAUGGCUUAUUGAUGAAUUGGUAGAUGAUGGCGAUGAGAUCGUGUGCUUGCGGGUCGUGGAGAAGGACUCCAAAAUUGCCAGCGAUGCGAGCGUGGAAGGUGGAAGGUAUAGGAAAGAGGCUGAAAAGCUAUUCGAGCAGGUGAUCGCAAAGAACGCCCACGAUGAAAAAGCAAUCAGCCUGGUAAUGGAAUUGGCGGUGGGCAAAGUUCAGGAGAUUAUACAACGAAUGAUCCAAAUCUACGAACCUGCAGCACUUAUAGUGGGCACGCGAGGCCGUAGUCUUGGCGGUAUGCAAGGACUCCUCCCUGGCUCAGUGUCAAAAUACUGUCUUCAACAAUCCCCAAUCCCCGUUGUGGUGGUUCGACCCUCCCAGAAGCGGGAAAAGAAGAAGAAGAAGCGGCUCGCCGACCCGUCAAGACGGAGCUAUAACCAAAUCAUGCGCCUCAGCCAGGCUAAAGGCGACCACCUUUUCGAUACCACGAGUGCAAAUAGUAGCACGUCAAGACUGCCGGAGCAUGAGGAGGCUGCCGCGGUUGCUGCCGCGAUUGGACUCCCGUCGAGCAGUGUGACAGACCUCCAUGAAGAGCGGACCUCCAAACGUUCUUCGAGAGAUUUUACGUCCAGCCAAACCAGCGACGCCGGUGAGACAGAAUCGAUAGGACAGAGAAGCACCUCAACGGCGCCCAAUCCGCCGUCGCCGUCGCUCGACUUUUCGUCUGUCGUUCUUAAGAGCCCUGGUUUGCCGGAUGCAGACAGUCGAUCCGUUAGUGAGGGGGGCGAGGACGAGGAUUUUAUGGACGAUAGCUCACGGAUCACCCCGAUUAGCACCACGGCGUCGGUUCAUAGUUAUUCAGAUGAUCCUAUGGAUGCGUCAACUCCUACCCCUCGUGCCAAUGUGCCGAACUCAUCUGAAACUGAAAAAGAGCAUGGGCUAGAAGGACUGAUGUCCAAACCCGCAAUCGAGGAUGAUGUCCGUAUGCACACCGGCAGCCCGGCCGAAACCAAGGAUACCGGAUGA